AUGCUCUGCUUUUCUAACAGCAUCUUUGUGACCACUGUAUUCAAAAUCCUCGAUUUCGAUCUCCCUCAACAAGUGAAGUCCAAGAACGGCUCCAAGCCGCCAACCAUGUAUUUCAAUCGGACACAACAGAACCGAAAGAAUAUACCUAAAUUCUCAAGCUUUGCUCGCCACUUGAAGCAAGGUCCCAAGCGAGCUUUUGCUUAUUUCAACACGCCCUACUUAGUCAAGUGUUACUUGGAAGAGCAAUCUAAAUCCGAGAUACAACUAUGUGAGGAUCAAUUCACGUCGCAAAGUAUUCAACCCUCACUCGCAUGGAAAAUGUCACCUGCAGAGGAGCUCAAAUUACGCAGCUUACUACUUGCUCACUUUAAAUUACAUCGCAAGGCGACCUCAUACGCCAACGCACUCGGCCUCCACGGUCUCCCAGAUAUCGAGGAUUGGAUCCCCCUUGAAACUGCCGCGUUAUACGAUUCUGAUGCACAUUGCGAGUACACUGGGAUGAUCUUGGAAUCCGGGGUCCUGGAUAUUCCUGAAGACCCUCUGUACGAGGGCAUCCAUCACUAUUAUAAGCCAGCUUCUUAUUUGGCGGCGGCAAUGUUGCUGACAGGAUAUGAUGCUAACGGUGUCACGGAAGCCAUUGGCAGGCUGCGUAUAAUGGAGAAUAAGAAGCAUAAAUUUGAAAGGUUUGGGAGGAUUAAGAAUAGGGUUGGGAAACUUGUGGGGGAUUUCCCUAAUGAUUUUCUACUGUUUGUGCCGUUUGCCGCGAUGUGA